UAGCACUAGGUACUGCUUUUGUACUGCUUUUGUACUUGAGCAGCCCAAGUAGAGAGAAAAUGUUGGCUCAUCCAGCAUUUCAAUUUGUCCUUUUCAUCACCCUGGUUCUGACUCCGGUCUUAGUAAUUUCCUCCUCCGCCUCCUCUGCUGCUUCAGUCAAAGACCCUGAUCUUGUCGUGCAAGAUGUUCAGAGGAGCAUGAAUGCAUCGAGGAGGAACCUGGGGUACCUGUCUUGCGGGACUGGGAACCCCAUCGAUGAUUGCUGGCGGUGCGACCCCGACUGGGAGAACAACCGCCAGCGUUUAGCCGACUGCGGCAUUGGGUUUGGAAAGGACGCCAUGGGUGGAAGGAACGGGCGAAUCUACGUGGUAACCGACGCUGGGGACGACGAUGCGGUCAACCCAAAGCCAGGCACCCUAAGGCAUGCGGUUAUACAAGACGAACCUCUGUGGAUCAUCUUCAAAAGAGACAUGGUAAUCCAGCUCAGGCAAGAGCUGGUGAUGAACUCCCACAAAACCAUCGACGGAAGGGGCGCAAGCGUUCACAUCUCCGGCGGACCGUGCAUUACCAUCCACUACGCAACUAACAUCAUCAUCCACGGCAUUCACAUCCACGACUGUAAGCAGGGAGGGAAUGGGAACAUCAGGGACUCCCCUGAACACUCGGGAUAUUGGACGGUUUCUGACGGUGAUGGAAUUUCCAUUUUUGGUGGGCAGCACGUCUGGGUCGAUCAUUGUUCCUUGUCCAACUGCCAUGACGGCCUCAUCGAUGCCAUCCACGGAUCCACGGCCAUCACCAUAUCCAACAACUACUUCACUAAUCACGACAAAGUCAUGCUCCUGGGACACAGCGACUAUUACACGCAAGACAAAAACAUGCAGGUCACCAUUGCUUUCAACCAUUUCGGCGAAGGGCUGGUGCAGCGGAUGCCAAGGUGCAGACACGGCUACUUUCACGUGGUGAAUAAUGACUACACCCACUGGGAAAUGUACGCCGUCGGCGGGAGCGCAGCCCCUACCAUCAACAGCCAGGGGAAUAGAUUUCUUGCGCCCAACGAAAACUUCAGGAAAGAGGUGACCAAGCACGAGGAUGCACCGGAAAGUGAAUGGCAACAUUGGAACUGGAGGUCGGAGGGAGACUUGAUGCUGAAUGGGGCCUACUUCCGGGAGUCAGGGGCGGCAGGUGCAUCAUCCACUAACUACGCCAGGGCUUCCAGUUUAAGCGCCAGACCAUCUUCCCUUGUGGGUUCAAUCACCGUUGCCGCAGGUGCGCUUACCUGCCGCGGGGGCUCCCGUUGCUGAGAUUUCAUUUUGUUUCUUUUCUCUUUUUUUUUUCUUCCCUCUACUAGAGAGUAGCAAUGGAGUCCCGACGUGACCACUUGCCGCGGGGGCUCCUCUGUACUAUGUUAGGUGAAAGCAAAAAGUACUACUACUUAGCGCUUACUACCUUAGUAGUAAAACGAAAAUGGA